GAAGUUUACUCACGAUUACCGAGCCUCUUUCCUCUUUACGCCCUGCCUCGCUGCCAUCAACAUCUUCCUUCUUAUUCUUCCCUCCUCCGUAUUUCUUGCCGCGUCCGUCCUUUAAUUCUGUACUUUCUUCAUCUCUAUACUCCUUGAUUUUAGCCUCCUUUUUGUCCUAUCAAAUGACCUCCGUAGAUCAGGCAGAGCAGUCUGCUCAAGCAAGUUCGUCUCAUAUGAUGAAGACGACAAAACGGGGGAGGCCUUUUCUCAAGGAUACCCUUGACCUUUUCGCAACACUCAUCGUAUCUCUUAAUCUCACCACGCACAAGCAAUAUUUUCGCACUUUCCCCAAUUCAUUCUCUACGGACGAGGCUGCUGCGAACUUGGCGUCUCUCAAGUUCUCUCAAUCAAAUCGUGGGCCGGAUCCCAGAGAUAAAUCACGAAUAGUGACGACUACGACCACCACGACAUUCUCAAUGACCCGUGAUAUGGCGAAGGCCAUGUGCCAACACUUCAUGGACGCUCGCUUGAUCGAAAACGCCGCCGAUCUUGGCAGCAACCUCUUCAAAGAUCGUGGUACUUACGUCCUCACGCCCAAGGGUCUCCAUGUUCUAGAGCGAUUCAUAUCCAAGAAUGGCAUGAAUUCCGACCAUCUUCAACCUGUAUUCGCCUCUCAACCCAUAUGCAUCAAGCUCUUACAUUUAGAGCGUCGGUCAGCUGACGACGAGAUCAUCGUUACACAAUCAGUCAUAACUGCACUCUUCCGUCGAUUCGUUGGUCGUCAGCCCAACUACCCCACUCAGCUCUCGGCCAAUCCUCCAGACGUUUUUCAAGAGUACCACGAGCGAUCUAAGGGCGUACCACUCAUGGACGUGCAAGAGCGCGCUCAACCUUUAUUGGGGAAAGCCUACAUGAGUGCUCUUGAAUGGCUUUGCGACUUCACCUCCGUGGUUGGAAGAGAAGAAGCGGCAGAGAUGGCUGCCCAGUUUGUUCGCUUCGGCCUCAUCACAUUGGUCAGCGAUAAAAGGAAAAACAACGACUCUGCCAUCAUCUUCACCGUCCGUGGUUCUACCCCAGGCGGGAAUUCCCCAGUCAGCCAACACGGAGAGUUCCGGUGUACAGCUAAGGCUAUCUAUAGAAUCACAGAUGAAGGCAAGCGGCUCGCUCAGUGGGAUGAAGCCAGUUCAUCUCCUCAGAGCUCGACGGUGAACCUGCAUCUUACCGAACGCCCGUCGCUAGAGAAUGACUCCAUCGAUGGAACUCCGAAGACGGGAAUUGAAGCAGCUGAUGCUAAAAUUCAUCGUCGUAUAUCCAUGGCGGAGAAGCUUAAUUCCAGUUACGAGGCUGCGGAGAAGAAGGGCAAUGUCAAGAGCAGUACCGAUCGUCUCAAAUAUAUCCUGGAAGAGCCAUCUUAUCGCGCUCUCUUCCGUGAUUUCCUGAAGGCGAACUUCUGUGAAGAGAAUCUGGCGUUUUGGAUGGAUGUCGAGGAUUUCAAGCGCAAAUUCAAUACGACUUCCAGUGCACAAGCUGCAGCUCCUGCUCGGUCGGGGAGCAAAGGAACUCCUGGACAAGCCGCCAUGGAGAGACAUCAUGAGGCUUUAAUUCAGACCGCUUUCCAAAUUUACAACAAGUACCUCGCACCAUCAAGUCAGAACGAGCUCAACAUCGAUCACGGUCUCCGUCUCGAUCUCGCUAAUUAUCUCGGUGAAGUCAUGAACGGGCUGCACGGCAAAUCGUUCGACGGACAAGUGGAUGCCAGUCAAGCUACCUCUUUUAACGCAACGCAACUGCAGGUUCUGAUCAAGCUUUACACACGCAUUCAAACGCACGUUCUUCGGCUGAUGGCUAUGGACUCGCUGCCCAAGUUCAUUAAAACGCAGCGGUUUCUGGACGCACGGCAGUGGCUGGGAGAAGGAGAUGCGCCAGGUGAUGACGUCCAUUUCCUCACCAGUCCUCCUGCUCCUCCUGCAUACAUCACGGUGUCUUUGAAAGGCAGUGAGCGGGAACACCGGCAACACCGCAGAGACAUGCCAGGGUCGCCACAGGUCUCAUGA